AUGCUGGGAUACCAUCAGUACCUCUUUCGGACUCUACCGAUACUGUUCCCACCGAAAAGCUUUCAUUUCUGGAGAGACUUCUUAUGCGAGGCUGCGUGGGAGACCGAAUGGGUGUUCGACGCGAUUGUCGCUCUGGGGUCCAUGCAUCGCGCAGCCUUGUUAUUGUCGCAGCCAGGCGGAACUAACCGUGAUCGCGGGCUUGACACGAAGAUUAUCGCCAUCCAAACAUACAUUAGAGCUCUUGAAGGGAUAUCGGGGGAUUUGACUCUUCCCAAGAACCCAGCACCGUUGGCGGUAGGGGUGUUGGUCCUUAUGGCUUAUAUUGAGUGCUUCUCGGGGAAUAUACCGGCUGCCAUUCGCCAUACCCAAGUCAUCCAAUACUACUCCCACUCAAUGCAGCCCGACGAUAAACACCCAAUUGGCCAUUUCAUUGCACCGAUUGAGUCGUCAAUUCGCGACUUAGAGCUCAUCUGUCGCAUCGUGAGGCCUUACCCUAGUCCACUGGAACCUAGCUCCCUGUCGAAUGCAGAGAAGUCAACUAUUAAUCUCCCUUCUUCGUUCUUUGAGUCGGUGGCAGACUCUUCGUUGAUACUUCAGCAACUACUUGAAUUUACCUCUGCGGAUCUGGAUCUUAAGCACCUAGUAUGGUGCGUUUUUGAAGCGCAUUACAAAACCGUCUCCAAAGAAAAGAUAUUGGCCUUUCUACAAGCUCUGAACGAUUGGAAGGAAAACAACUCAACAGCGUUUCAUAUGAUGAAAACGGAAGACUCCGUAUCCGACCCAAGUGACUUCUCAUACCAGGCUCUGGGUAAAUUGCCUUUCCCGCCAGCUUGCUACGACCAAGUUCCCCGGGAGUCUUGUCUCGCUCUAGCACUAUACGCCUUCUAUAAGGCACGUCUUCUAUGGGCAUUAUGUCUGCUAGGCGACCGAGACGGCAAGAUCGAACUAGACGCAUACUUCUACGUCUAUCAAUUUCUGCGAUACACGAGAACAGCUUUGAUGCCCCCAUCCCAAACUGCAUCCGAUGCCACGUUGCCAAGCGAGAACUUGAGGAUCGGCUUUUCGCCGCUACUUUACCUCGCGGGACGUUGCUGUCCCAUGCCCUCGUGGCUUCGUUGGAUCAUCCAGGAACUUGAGAAUGUGGGUCAGGAGGGCCUCUUCCGCAAUAAACCGUUUGCGACAACUCUUGAUGUUCUGCUUUUACUUGAAGAACACACAAUACGGGCUUCGAAACCAUCUACCGACGGACAAAGAUUCCUACCACCCUCUGCGCGAACGAUUGCACUCUUUAUCCCAGACAUUGACGGCCGAAGCUUUGAGGCAUACUAUGCACGCCCUCAAGGGUCGCCCAAGGACAACGAGAUGCGAUUCAUCCUUUCGAGGGUGGCUCGUUGGUCAGACGCAGCCAAAGGACCUGGGCCUAUUAUCCAGGACUACGAGAUAUAUCAACAGCUCUUUUCUAAGGCAUGGCUCUCAGAACAGCCUCUUGUACAGAAAUGGAUCGACUGGAGCUGCAACGUGGAAUUUGAUUUGAAUCAAGUAAUCCAGGACCACAUCACUGGGAACCGUGCUUUGCUUGAAGUUGGACUGGAAUGA